UUGGUUGAGUGAGUUUUUCAAGCUGUAGACUCUGUAAGAGGAAGCUGCAGAAGGGCUUCAUCACACAAGGGGUUAAACUGACCUCCUAAUGAAGAGGCUUUUUCCAGGUGUUUCCUUUUCACUGGUGCUCUAUAUAAAAGAUCCAGGGGUCCCCUUUGUUUGUGACCUAAGUAUUGUUUGCAGUUUGUUUAGGGGAGAUUUAUCAUACUUAUAAAAAUACAGUAACGGUGGGCUUUUUCUUCUGCUAUGGCUGUGUUCCUUGGUGUUUGGACUAUGGUUAUAAGUAUUUUUUUGCUGCUUUCAGCGCUGCCCAUACAUGGCCGGGGAGACACCUUCUACAUUGAGCAUGCCCAAGGGAGUGACUGGGAUGAGGCCAGGGAUCCCCCUGAUGACAUCCUUUACAUUAACCAAGAGCUGAUUUUUCCAGGGGCACCAGAAAGCAGUUUUCUGAUCGAGGGGGAUAUCAUCAAAGCGAGUCCUUUCAGGCUGUUCCCAUCUGCCAACCCAAGAUGGCCAAAGAAGAGGGGAAUUGUCCAAAUUCCCUAUGUAAUCUCCUACAAAUAUGACGAAUCCAGCGUGAAGAUACUCAAGGGAGCAUUUGAAGACUUUUCAAAGUUCACAUGCAUCCAGUUUGUCCCUUAUUCCAACCAGAGAGAUUUCAUUGCCAUUGCCCCGCUCUCUGGCUGCUUCUCCAGUGUUGGACGCAUUGGUGGGAUGCAGGUGGUUUCUUUAGCGCCCGCUUGCCUCCGCAAGGGGAAGGGCGUGGCACUGCAUGAGCUCAUGCAUGUCGUGGGCUUCUGGCAUGAGCACUCCAGAGCAGACCGGGACAAGUACAUCAGCAUCUCCUGGGAUGAAAUCUUGACUGGCUUUGAAAUAAACUUCAUGAAGUCUUGGAAUACCAACAUGCUGGUGGAUUAUGACUACUCCUCUGUAAUGCACUAUGGCAGGAAUGCCUUCAGCAUGUCUGGCUCACCCACCAUAAUACCACUCUCCAGUUCCCUGACCUUUCUUGGCCAAAGGUGGAACCUGAGCAAUUCAGAUGUUGCCAGAGUCAACAAGCUUUAUAAAUGUUCUCAGGUUGCAGCACAGCCAGAGGCAUCUACCAAGGGAGUCAUCAAAGAGAAUGUAAUGGACUUCAUUCCAAGUGAGCCUAAGCCCCACACAUCACAAAACACACCCAAAUUAUCUACUGCCUGGAAUCUCAGUUCUACAGCAUCUUCCAAUGCAAUCCCACAUCCUGCCAGAGAGCCUCUGGGGACCACCACACCAUCAAGCAAGGUUGCUGGUGGAAACAUUAGUACCACAGAAGCCCAGACAAGGGAGGUUUGGUCACCUGGGCCAAAGAAGCAAAUGCAAAGGACAACGUCUCAACAUACCCCAGGUAAAGCAGAGGGGAGUGAAAAAUCUCUAGUGGUUACAGAAAAGAUGCUGCAUCAAACUGUAUCUGGAGAAAUGGCAGUGAGUGGUGUUGCCCAGAAGACUUCUGAACCACAAACUCUGCAGAAUCCCAUCAGUAGUGCAAGGGAGUUGAGAAGCCAGUCUCCAAGCUAUGAGGAGGUCUACAUACCAAGUGACCAAAGUCCCGUAGAAGUAACGACAAGCAGUGCUCCGGAGGUGGAGCUUUCGCUUUCCUUUCUGACCAUAAGCCCAGACCCCUUUCCAAUGAAAACGGUCCAGGGAGCUGCCACAAGACUUGGUAAGAAAGCUCUGGACCAGACACCUCCUAGAACAAUAGCCAUGCAUAUAGAGCAUAGAACAGAACUCCCUACUGCUAUGGCUAGAGGAGAACUAUCUACUGCUAUGGGGAUUGGAAGCUCACCAUUAAUGAGAAGCAGUGAGUCCAAGGAUAGACAUGGUUCCCCAAGCCCAGCUGAGGACCGCCCUUUCUCUGUGAUGGAAAACCAAACUGGGAAACAGCUGGCUGAGCUAUUUCCUCAGACCAUAAGCAUCUUUAGAAAUGAAACAGGUAGUACUGCUUCUACAACCCCUGUAGUCCAGGCUGAAGCAGGGUCUUCUUCCACAACAGCCUCUCCAAGAGCCUCCAGGAACUUGAUCACAGCCUCCAGUGUGGUGGGACUGGAAGAAACCAAACACAGUGAAGUGGGAAGCCUGGGAAGCUUUGGCACAAUUGGGAGCCAGAGUGAGAUUAUGAAGAAGGAAACGGAAAGCGACCACACCAAGGAAGGGAGCAUGCCAACCUAUGUGCUAUCUUCCAGCAGCAAAGAACAGUAUGCAAGACACAGACUGGAACCUGGCCUGUUUGCUACCCAGGGGCUUCCCUCUCCUGGAAGUUCAGAGGCUCAGGAAAGCCACCUUAGUCAGGCAACUGCUGGAGCCCCAUCCCCUUGGGCUUCUGUCAUAGGCCCUCUUGCUGUUUCAAAGCUGAAUGUAGCAACUUACUCAAAGAGCAACCAGACCCAAGUGGAACAGUUUGAUCGGUCACCUGCUCAGCUGGCAAGGAAGGGCUACAGAAAAGGGACACUUAUAACACACACACCACCAGGGCCUCUCUUGGUGCAAGUUACUGAACCUGAGCUGGAGGCAGAGGAGCAGACCCUUGUCCAUGCAGAACUGCCAAGCCAAACUCCCACUUUACAGGAUUGGGCUUCACUGGCAAUGGAAACCAACCAGGCUAUACAUCCCACAGAGGGAACAUUUCCUCUUCCUCUGUCCCACACUCCUAGACCCGCUGAAACAGGACACAAAACUUCAAGUAACACCAAAGUCUAUAACCCUAGCGCCCACAUUCCAGCAUCCAUUACAACAACAUGGCCAGCUACAGCACAAAAAUUCAGGGUGAGCCAUGAAAAAGAAGUUAGAACUGGACACUCCAAAGAAACCAAGAUUCAUUGGAAAGCAUCUUUGCUUUCCCUGGAGCCAUUUGGGAACCAGAUGCCCACCCAACCUAAAUACCAUGUGGCAGGUACUCCAUGGCAACUUUCUUCUACCCCCUCAGUAACAACUGGCAUCCCUGGUGUGAUGCAGAUCAGGAAUCCUAAUGGGCCAGGAGCAGCAGCACCCCAAAGACCAUGCAAUGGGGAAUUGGCAGGCUCUUUACCUGGAACGGAAUAUGGACUAACAUCCACACGCAUGUUGCCCAAAUUGGAAACUACAAACCAAGAACAUUCAGGAUCAGAAAAGAGAGAUCAUAGCCCUACCUCCAAAGGGGACUCUCUGCCAGUGAGAAGAACAAGUCCUCCUCUUAAAGAUGACACUUCAUCAGCAAUGGUGAGUCAACUGAUGCAGACAAGGACCCCAGAGAGGACUGUGGCAAGUGAUGAAGGAUCUGUUACUGCUGGCUCUUUCAAUUUAUCCACCAUUUUGCUUUUUAGCAAACCAGCUUUAAAGGGGCCCCAAAGCUCUUCUCCUUUGAGGAGAACAGAACCCGUGAUGAAGACUGGGAGCCCACCUACAGGAUUCUUGGAAACAGCCAUGGAAACAAAAGCUUCUUCUAAGCUUAAAGAAACCCUUGUAGAAGGGGAAAUGACUGAACCAGCAAAUGCCACAGGAGACAUGUCCCUCCAUGUGAUGAACUGGGCAACAACUCCUACUUGGAAAGCCACAGCUGGCAGAAAUGGGGCACCAUCUCCCUCAUUACAUAUGGAACCAAUAGGAUUGCCCCAAGUUGCUGCUGAAGGGACGGCUCCGCUCCUGACUAUUGGCUUGCUAAAGUCUCCCAAGCACAUAAACUUAAGAGGACAGCCUACCAGUAGUCAGCCCAGGAAAGAAAGCAUGACAUCUAUGGCAAAGAUUCUUGGGGUGGACAUGGUGUCAGCAUCAUCAGCAUCCAGUACCAGUCCUCUAGACACAUGGGGAAACCAGGCAACCUUAUUGGCAGGUGCAAAAGAGGCUACAAGGAGAUCUUCCAAGAAAAGUGGAGAAACUGCUCCAGAGAUCUAUGCCAGCACACUAGCUUCUGAAUCGCACAACACAGCUACAAUUGGAGUUUCCACCCUGGGAUCUCGUGAGGGAUCUGUGAAUCUGGAGGGAAUGUCUGGAAACCAUACAAAGAAAAUAAAGUCCAAGGAAAAUGGGGUGUCCCCUAUAGACAACCCUAACUUCUCCCACCGUGUUAGCAAGAGGUCUUUAGCAGAGAUAAUGGCAACUCCAGCAUCUCUGAGUGUUGCUCUACCAGAGGAAAUUGAUCAUGUAUUUAUAGGCCACAUGAAUGAGGCUUCCCCAGUUGAAAAUGGGGCAGACAUAAUGGAGGCAGCAGAACCAUUGUCAUUUGGAAUGUCCAGGUUGUCCACUCUUCUCCAAGGGCAGCCUUCUGCUCUCAAAAAGGUAGGAAAUAACCAAGUGGGGGCCCCAGGAACUGUGAAAGCGCCACAGCCACUGACCACUUUUUGUCCCUUUGAGAAGAAUUUGUGUGGCUGGGAGCAAAGCAAGGAGGAUGACCUGGACUGGGUGCUUGAAGAGGGGCGUGAGCAGCUCGUUAGGACCGUGGGAGGUGGAAGCCCCCCUGGAAUGCCUUGCACAACCUCAGGUGGUGGCUACCUUUCCCUGAUGCCUUUGGCCCACAUUUCUAGUCAAAAGGCUGUUCUGGUCAGCCCACCUGUGCAGGGCAUCAGGUGCCUCAAAUUCUGGUACAACCCAGGGGACCUUCUCAUGAGUGAAAUCAACAUCUACAUAAUGCUCCGGAAUUCCUCUGAAUGGCACAAAAUGUGGUCCGUGAGGGGGAAUCAAGGCACUGGCUGGCACCUGGUGGCUGUAGCCAUUUCCAAGACUUGUGAGCUACAGGUGGUGCUGGAAGGUGUCGCCGGCCCCAAAGGAAGGCAUAGUGCUGGGAUUGAUGAUCUGCUUCUCUGCAGGAAGCCGUGUGGCCAAUGUUACAGCAAUAUGACACGUUCCUUGUGCAACAAGUGAACAAAAUAAACCUAAGUCUUCUCCAAUGUUGUGUU